AAACGCCGCGCUGGGCCCAGCGCCCGACCGUAAUGCUGUAGUUCUUCAGCCGCACGUGAUAAUGUUCCUCAGUGGCAGCCGCGGAACUAGGAAGCGGACGGUUUCUUUGUCGUCUUCCUCGGCAGCUAUGGGCUCGGCCACUCUUCUGCUGAUGCUGCCCGGCGUCUUGCUGGGCCUAUGUGCCGGAGAGAGCCUCAUCCCCGGCCGACAUUUGUGGUUUGGAAGACCUAGUGGUUUGGAAGACCUAUUUUUGGGAGGCCGGCACCCCUCUUGGCCCUGGGCCCUGGAGGACCUGUCUUCGCUCGAAUCGGGGUUCUUAGGGGUUCUGCAGGAGCCGCAGCUGGAUCCAGAGUGCAAGGAGCUCUUGAAUGCCUUCGCCAAUAGCAGCCUAAGAUUGGCUAGCUGCUUAAUCCAGAGCGCCCGGCCUGUGACGCUCUGCCAGAACUGCUAUCGCCAAUUCGGGGAAGUCAUGCAGCAGUUCGAAAACAUCGAGAAUACUACUAAGACUAACCGAUGUGCCCAAAGUCUCUUGAUGUCAGACAGGCUGCAGAUGGUUGCGCUUGUGAACAAGUUUUUUAAUGACACAUGGAUAAAAGCUAGCUGUUCAAAUUGUUUAAAGAAGAAGAACGAAGGCUUAUCGGCUGGUACAGUGACGUUCCUGGCCUUAUACAAUGAAUCAAUGGCAUGCUUUAAACAGAACCUCCAGGAAGGUAACCUGCUACCAAGUAACUACUCAGUGGUCUGCAAGAACUGCAAUGCUACAUAUAAAAACUUGAGUUCCCACUACAGUAAGAUGCAGAGGAGUGAGCAGCAUGAGGAAUCUGGAGAACAGUUUCAUUUGUGCAUUGAUAUAGAGGAUGCAAUGAACAUCACACAAAGGCUGUGGAGCACAACUUUUAAUUGUUCUGUCCCCUGCACAGAUACAGUGCCAGUGAUUGCAGUUUCUUUGUUCAUUUUCUUUCUACCACUUGUUUUCUACUUGAGUACCUUCCUUCACUCAAAGCAGAAAAAACGUGUCCUGAUUCUGGGUAAGCGAAUCGACUCAAAUGCCAGCUUUGCGAAUAUCCAAGAUAAAUCCAACUGAGCUUUGGGAUGCAAUGGGAUAUUAAUUUGAUUGCUCUGAAGACAAUUAUAAUUUAACUUUACAUUAUGCUGUAAAAGACUCUGUGUCUCAGAUAGGGGUAUGCACUAUUGUGCAAUAGUUCUUGGGGAUGAUAUGAUCUCCAGAGACGAAAAAGAAACUAUAUUCCCUCCUUCAAUCCUUGAACUCUUGUCUUACUUCCUGAUUGGUAAAGUUUUUAUACUUUAUAUAAUGGAUUAAUAACACUUACUUCCAUGUGUGAUGCACUUACAUGAACAUUCCUUUCUAAUUCUUACCUGAAUGCUGAUUUAUUUAAAAGUUAUCAUUAUUGAAAAAUGAAAAAAAAAAUGAAAAAAAAAAUGAAAAAAAUGAAUUCAAUGGCUUAAUAUUUAUCAGCAGACAAAUCUUAAUGUUUAGUCUACAUUACUACUAAAAAUGCUCAUAGAAAUAAACUUUGAAUUUUAUAUACUAUAUUGCAGGCAAUAAAAGUGACUAUUAGAAUUGUAAUAAUUAUGGAAAAAUGUCAUGUCUUGAUAUUUCUAGUGUAGUAUACUUGAAUAAGUUCUUAUCUCUAUGGUUAAAAGCAAGAUUAAACUAAUGGAAACUCUGUUACUUAAUUAUUCUCUACCCCUAAAAGUAUUUUUUAUGAAGUGGCUUUUUAUGUAAGGGUACAUAGUAUAUUUAUUAGAAUUUACAGACAGUAUUUUAUUGCAUUUGCUUUGGAAAAGUUAUCCAAACUAAAACAAAGAAAAAAAAAGCUGAACAGGUUGUGGGGGAAAUUGGGUUAAGAGAAUAGAAAGAAUUAACAUGUACAUUAUAGGGAAAAGUUAUUUAUUUGGUAGAAUAGUUUCAUAGUAUUUAAAUAACAAAGUAUAUUGAUAGAUUUGUCUAUCAUUUUUUAAAGAAGUAAAUAUGAAGACAAUUGCUGGCUCUUGGUGUCUGUUUGCAGAAGAACUUAGUGAUUUAACAAAAAGUACAUUUAGAAUGCAUUCUUGGGGUUUCUGGGAGGCCAUAGAAAUACUGCACAUUUCUCUCUCUGCAGGUGGAGAAGAAACUGCUAAAAUAGUGUUUUCUUAAAUAGUGUGGAAUAGUCCUCAGCUGAAGUUGCCUUGUCCAGCAGUAACAAAAAAAGAAGGCAUUGGGGAAAAGUCAAGGGUGUCAUUGAACAAGAUUUAGCUGGGCUCAUACAUCAUAUUGAACUGUGAUUCUUUUAAAUAAUACUUUGUUCAGGAAACCAAAAUUGAUUUGGUUUACAUAACAUGUUAUACCAGGGUGAAGAAUCCAAUCCCACAUUACCUCAUUUGAGGAUUGGCUAAAAUUUUGGGAACCAUUUUUGGAGAGAUUAAAGGUAUCCUUAAAAAUUCUAAAUCCCCUGUAAUAAACCAUUGUUUCCAUUUUGGGUGAAUAAGCCUUCUUAAUCAUUGCUCUUGGUGCUGGAAUAAGUGAAGAACUUCUGAAGCUAGUGUAGUUAUUAUCCAUCUCUUUAGAUCUAAUGAAAAACAAGAUUAAAAGUAGGGGUUUUGUUUAAAAGAAAAUUUCCUAUUUCCUCCCCAUAUCUAUAUCUGCUGAAUACAACAUAAGAAUAAUUUGCAUAUGGGUUAUGCAGUAUAUUCAGGAAGGCAGUUGUUUAAUCAGUUAUUUCUGCGCAAGAAGGCAAAAGUUGUUGUAUGGCACUCCUAAAUAGUUUGCAGAAUCUCUUUUUAAGUAGCUUGGUGGAAGCAACAGUAGGUUACUGUUGGAAAAGUAAGGGCUUAAUACCGAACAGUUUCUAAUGAAUGAAAAAGGCAUUGGGUGUCGGGUGGGAUUGAGGAAUAUAUCCAAUUAUGAAAUGUCAUUGUUUCAUCCUAAAACUAAAUUUUUCCAUCUGAAUCACAAUUGGCUCAUGAUACUUGUUUUUUUUUAAUUUGAUUUAUAUGCCGCCCUUCUCCGAAGACUCAGGGUGGCUUACAAUGUGUUAAGCAGUAGCCUUCAUACUUUUGUAUAUUUUAUACAAAGUCAGCUUAUUGCCUCCACAAUCUGGGUCCUCAUUUUACCUACCUUAGAAAGAAUGGAAGGCUGAGUCAACCUUGAGCCUGGUGAGAUUUGAACUUGCAGUAAUUGCAGGCAGCUGAUGUUAAUAACAUGCUUUAGUCUGCUGCGCUACCAGGGCUCUGUAUAGUGCAGAUUUGGAAAAAUCUGCACUGUAUUGUUCAGUGCAGAUUUGGAAAAAGUUGGGGUGUUAAGCCAUUCUUAAUCAAAUGAACUGCUCUGAUUGAUGCUGAGUUGCUGGCUAUAUUUUAAUGAGAUACACACACACUUAUGACUGCAUAAUAGUAUUAGUGACAAGCUAAUUAUAUUUGAUCAGCAGGGCUAAGCUGAUUUGAAAUAAAAAUAUGCUGACUUCAAGAGAGUUCUGGAUUUGCGCCAGAAUUACAAAAUUGAGCAGGUAAUGAUUGUAGAACAUGACCUAUAUGUUGGAUGAAAUAAUAAAAAUAAGAGCAGAUGCAGCAUAGGUCCUGAAAAAGAUUUGUAUGUCACUGUUACAGUAAUCUGCCUAUUAGCAUGUUACCUUUUAUAUUUUACCUAUAGCAUGUUAUAGCUAUUUUUCUAUUCAGAUUUCAAGACAUGUAGAUUUAGCCAUGUCCUGCCCUUUAAUAGCAUUACAUUGAUUUGAGGCAUCACAUAAUGGGGAAUGGUUCAAAGCAAUCUUUUAUGUUGUGAGAGAUUUUGUGCAUAGAAAGGCACAGAAUGACAGAUUGGCUUAUUAGCAUUGGGUUUUUAAAGACAUUUGCACUAAAUAUGUCUGAAAGUCACUACUCUCUUGGAUGGUGGCUAAGCACUUUUCAUAAAAGGUGUUUUGAUAGAGUUGGUUUCAUUAUUUUCUUAGUUUUUGAGCCAAAUGGAAAUAACUUUCUAUUGUUUUUCUGUAUAAAUGUAAAAAAGGAGAGACCUGUUAUUUUUAAACUUGAAGAUAGCUGUUUUAUGAUACAAUCAUGUAUUUUUCAUAUUGUUUAAAAUUGUCCAUGAUAUAUACAUAUCUUGUUAAUGGAUUUUCCUUUGUCUUUGGUUUUAAUUUUAAACUUAAUGUACAUGUAAAACUUCUCCAAUAAACAGCCAGAAAAAGUGUAAUAAA